GCAUCCCUGUUUGGGGAUGGAGCCCGGGGGUUUGCGGGAGAGUCCGGCCGGGUCCGGAGCCUCGGAGCCCGGGGAGUGGAGCGAAGAGGUCCGUGGCGGGGAGGCGGAGGUGAAGACGGGUCUGGGAGAGGGCGAAGCGACCGAAGAGAGUGAUUUUAAACAGAAAGAACAAACACCGAUUCAUUACGAAGAAGAGCUGGACCCUCGGAUUCAGGAUGAGUUGGAGCAGUUGAACGAAGCCAGUGCAGAAAUCAAUAAACUAGAACUACAACUAGAUGAGGCGCGGUCCGGCUACAGGAGGAUCCUGACAGAGUCGGCCAGGAAGCUCAAUGCGCACAGCUCCCAGCUGGGUGGAGCCAUCGAGAAGGCAAGGCCAUACUACGAGGCGCGUCGCCUGGCCAAGGAGGCGCAGCAGGAGACCCAGAAGGCGGCUCUGAGCUACGAGCGGGCCGUCUCCAUGCACUCUGCGGCCAGGGAGAUGGUCUACGUGGCGGAGCAGGGGCUGAUGGCCGACGGCAAGAACACCCUGGACCCGACGUGGCAGGAGAUGCUCAACCACGCUACCUCCAAGGUGAAUGAGGCAGAGGAGGAGCGUCUGCGUAGUGAGAGGGAGCACCUUGGGGUGACCCACGCCUGCCAGCUGGCCGAGGCUCGCGUCCAGAGCCUCCAGAAGUCUCUGAAGAGGGCCAUCGUCAAGUCCAGGCCCUACUUUGAACUGAAGACCCAGUUCAACUACAUCCUGGAGGAGCACAAGGGGCGUGUCCUGCAGCUGGAGCACAGCGUGUCAAAGGUCAAGUCCCAGUACUCUGUCGCCCUGAACAACCUGGAGAAAAUCAGCGAGCAGAUCCACGCCCAGAGGGUGCGGGGCGUCGCCGUGGGAGGGCCAAUCACUGCCUGCGGGGGGCGGAGCUCCCCCGUCGGAGCGGAGGCUGACGGGGGCGGGGGCGGGAGCGGGGCCGGGGGCGGGAGCGACCUGCUGGCGGCCUGCAGGGAGCGCGAGGAGGAGCGGGCGAGGGAGCGGGCGGGGUCGGACUCUGCGUCGGUGUUCAGCCUCCAGACCAUCAUGUCGGACCUGGGGAAGGUGGACUCUGUGGAGCACCUGGGAGAGAUGAGCGACGGCGGGAGCAUGACCGACGGAGGCAGCGCGGCCGGGGACGCCGACAGAGAGGAGGCCCCGAGCCGAACGCUCGCCAAACAACGGCAGCAGCACUUCUCCAAACAGCACCACCGCAGCUUCAGCCUGUAGGCCUCGAGCGCCGCACGCACCAUUACCGCUGUCGCUAUCUUUACGCUUACGCUUUCAUUAGGCGGGUACUACAACUAUCUACGGUGGCGUUAAUACUACUACCUCUACGGUAGUAUUAGUACCGGUACUCCCAUCUGUCCGGGCCAGAUACGCACUACAACUAGACAUGACUAGCUGACGAAGGAUACUACAACCCCCAGGAACACUGCGGAGAAUGGAGACUACAACUCCCACGAUCCAGAAUGAUGAUGAAGACUACAACCCUGACAAACCCCUAUAAUAUUUAGUGUAUAUAACCCCUCUCCUAAUCCUACACCUCCAGUGUAUAUAACUCCUAGCCAUCCGAUAUCUUUAGUGUGUGAAUAUAUAUAUAUAGAUAUAUCUGUUUGUACAGAUGCAUGUAUACAGGUGUCUGUACAGGUGGGUCUCUACAGGGUUGUGUAUACAGGUGUCUGUACUGGUGGGUCUCUACAGGGUUGUGUAUACAGGUGUCUGUACUGCUGUGUGUGUGUGUGUGUAUAAGUGUAGCUACAGUUACAUAUGCCCACAGGUGUACCCCGCAGUCAAAGACUGAUGUGUGUCCUAGUGGUUUUCCUGCUGCUUUCCUGACCCUCUUCAUUUUUCAUUUUUUUUUAUUUUAUAUCAUAAAGGUAUAUAUUAUUUUAUAUUACAGUAUAAUGUAUAUUAUUUUAUAUUGUAGUGGCAAUAGUAUUUAAAUCACAUUGAGCCUUUUUGUUGGAAUUGGAAGUGUGCCUUCACACGUUAAUUUAAACAUCAAAACAAAGUUGUGACUAAUAUUUAGUUUGAUUAAGACAUGUUUCUGGUAAAACACUUGAAGAGUUUUUUUAUGUUAAGAUGAGCUUUGUAGUUUUAAAAUGAUCGCCUGACUGAAUCAUUCUUCUUAAAUUACAUUAUGCACUGUGUUUAGUUGUACAGUCGCAGUGUGUUUAGUUGUAUUGUGUCGAGCUGUGUUGUAACUCCAAUAAAGAUCUGUCGACACAUCAUUCUGUACAAUAGUAAUACUUUGUUAUACCCGAUACAGCCUAUAAAUACUGUGGGACACUCUCAAACAACAGACCUUGUGUAGCACUGCAUAUGCAUACUGUCAUACCGGACAGGAGCAGAGGUAGAAUUAUGGUUUAG